AUGGGCGUGACCAAACCCCGGUCGCGGCGCUGUGGGCGUGGCCAGCGCUCUGUGGGCGUGGUGGACUCUCCCCGCCGGGGCUGCCUGAUCCAGUUCGAGGACAAUUCCCAGUUCUUCGUUCUCUGGAAAGACAUCAGCCCCGCCGCCGUGCCCGGGGACGAGCCCUCGUGCUGCGUCUGCGCCGGGAAUUCCCGAAAUCCCGAAAACUCCCUGGUUCGAUGCGGGAAGUGCGGCCACGCGUAUCACCAGCGCUGCCACGUGCCCCCUCCCCCCGGCGGCGCCGGGCCCUGGAGCUGCCGCCGCUGCGUCUUCGCCGUGGCCACCAAGCGCGGGGGCGCGCUCCGGCGGGGCCCGCAGGCGCGGGCGAUGCUGCGGAUGAAGUCGGCGCUGCCGUACGCGCUCGGGGCCCUGGACUGGGACCCCCCGCACCUGCACAACCUCCAGCACUGCUACUGCUACUGCGGCGGGCCCGGACACUGGAACCUGAAGAUGCUGCAGUGCUGCCGCUGCUGGCAGUGGUUCCACGAGGCCUGCACCCAGUGCCUCUCCAAGCCGCUGCUCUACGGCGACAGGUUUUACGUCUUCGAGUGCAGCGUCUGCCGGGGGGGAGCCGAGAGCGUGCGGAGGCUGCCCCUGCGCUGGGUGGACGUGGCUCACCUCCUGCUCUACCACCUCAGCGUCUGCUGCAAGAAGAAAUAUUUCGACCUGGAGCGGGAAAUUCUUCCCUUCGCCAAUUCCAACUGGGACGCGCUGCUGCUCGGCCCGCUUUCGGGCACGCCGAGGUCGGAGCGGCGCGGGCGCCUCCUGGGGGCCCUGAGCAGCCACAAGGAGAG